AUGAGGAAAUCACAUCAUAUUAAAGUAAAACUGAGGGAUCACACUUCAGUGAAGAGCGAAGAAACUAUAAAAUCCGUGUUGGGUAAAACAGCGAGCUCAAUAAAAUAUCUUAAAGACGGUGAUUCUAUUUAUUUCAAAUCCAAUGAAGAUGUUAGAGACAUCCGGAACAGACUCACAAGGGCGGGGUUGAUCGUCGACCGUAUAUCAGUGAACGGCGAAGAGGACCUUGAGUUCAAAGAUUUAGAUCUUGAGGCAGGAAGUAGCUCUUCAAUUGAUGCCAAAGAGUCUGCUGGUGAUGAUAGCAUCCCUUGGCGUUCAGAUGAGGCUGGUAAAGUACACUAUAGAGCGCAGUUUGUUCUUGGUAGCAAUGAAAACAUUGAUACCAUAAUCAAUGUGAUUAAAGGGAAAUCAUUAGUGACUUCUAUCAAUCACGAUGAGAACAACCUUUUUGCAAUUGUCCCUAACAAAAACAUCUGUCAAGAUAUCAUCAAUGUGGUCAGAGACCAUAACAUUUCAAUCCAGUUGAAGGAUAUUUUGCCAGUGCAUACCGAAAAGAAAUAUAAGGUCACCGCAUCAAUCGGCGGUAUUACAUGUGCAGCAUGUGCAUCAUCUAUUACCAAUGCUGUAUCUGAUCUUGACUUUGUCUCUGAUGUUGCUGUUAAUGUUGUCAGCAAAGUUGGUGUGUUUAUUUUAGAUUCCGAUGACCAGAGCAAGCUUGAUCAGUUAAAAGAGACUGUAGAAGACUGUGGGUUUGUUUAUGAAGCCGUUGGAUCUCCUACUUUAACAAAUCACAUUUCAGUGAAGUCACCUGCCAGACAUGUCACUGUAAAGAUUGAAGGGAUGUUCUGUUCAAAUUGUCCCGUACGUACGAUUAAAUCUUUGCUUGACAUCGCUAAUGCAGAGUUAAUUAUUGACAAUACUGAUGAAUUAACUUUGAAGCAUCCGUACAUUAAGUUUACGUAUAUUCCUAAUGUUGAACGAGGCAUUACCAUCAGAAAUAUAUUCAGCAAGAUCACAGAAGAAUUGACUACUGAGGAGCAUAAGGAUAUUAAAGUUGUCAUCGUAAAGGAAGUUACUUUGGAGGAACACUUGAAAGAAAUGGCGAAGAAAGAAACUUGGAGUAUUGCAAAGAGAUUAAUUGCUGUUACUGUAAUGGCCAUCCCUACCUUUGCUUUUGGUAUUGUCGGCAUGGCGUUAUUACCUUCGAGUAAUAAGUUUAGAGAAUGGGUGGAUGAACCGACUUGGGUAGGUAAUGUAUCAAGGGUCGUUUGGAUCUUAUUUAUUAUCAGUACGCCAGUUUACUUCUUUGUAGCGGAUAUCUUUCACAGAAAAGCCGUCAAAGAGAUCUACUCACUUUGGAAACACUCCAACAACUGGAAAAGGCGCCUAUUCAGAUUCGGAAGUAUGAAUCUUCUAAUGUCACUAGGAACAACUGUUGCAUAUUUUGCCAGUAUUGCUCUCUUAGGAAUUGCAGCAAGUAGACCAAGAGAUACAUCAGACAGCCGCAUGCAUAAAGGUUUGUCAACAACUUACUUUGACUCUGUUGUAUUUUUAACUUUCUUUUUACUCAUCGGCCGUUUGUUGGAGAGUCUUGCUAAGACUAAAACAGCAUCAGCUAUUAGUAAUUUGAGCUCAUUUAAGCAAGAAACAGCCACCUUGAUGCAGAAAGUGGGCGACCAAUACCAAGAAGUUGAAACUGUGCAAAUCCAAUAUUUGGAACUCGGAGACUACAUCAAAAUAUCUCCUGGCCAAUCUCCUCCUUUAGAUUCAAUCAUACUCGAAGGUGAGACCGAGUUUGACGAAAGUGCCUUAACUGGUGAAUCCAUUCCAAUGGUGAGGUUAAGGGGAGAUCAGAUUUUUGCUGGUACCGUUAAUGUCGGUUCUAGUUCGGUUAUUGCUAAAGUAUCAUCUUUUGAUGGUGAAUCUUUGCUUGAUCAAAUCGUAAAUACUGUGCGGGACGGUCAAUUGAAUCGUGCCCCUAUCGAACGUCUAGCAGAUAUUUUAACAGGAUACUUUGUUCCUAUUAUCAUAUUCUUAGCUAUUUUGACAUGGGUUGUUUGGUUGUCACUUGGCUUAUCUGGAAAACUUCCAGAGCACUAUUUAGACACCGACAUCGGUGGAUGGCCCGUAUGGUCAUUGGAGUUUGCUAUUUCAGUGUUUGUCAUUGCAUGUCCGUGCGGCAUCGGUCUUGCUGCGCCGACUGCUCUAUUUGUUGGGUCUGGUAUGGCUGCCAAAUUUGGUAUUCUAUGUCGUGGUGGUGGUGCCGCAUUCCAGGAAGGUUGCAAAAUUGCAAUUGUUUGUUUCGACAAAACAGGUACCUUAACGCUAGGGAACGAAAUGAAGGUAACUAACUAUUCACUACAUGGAGAUGAAAAAUUAGCUAAGAUAGGCAUUGAGGUGACAAGAGAUAUGGAAUCUGGAUCUAGACAUCCAUUGGCUAUUGGUGUAAAGAAGUUCAUUGACAAUACAUUUGGUAAAAAGACAGGAACCGUCAAAGUACCCGAUCCAGUUGAAAUCACUGGCGGUGGAUUAAAAGGUGAGAUAAUUAUAGAUAAUGACCUAUCUUUACCAGACGCUCGUAUUUGGAAGGAAGUCGACCCCGAAAUGGCAAUUGUUGGGAACGAAAGACUCUUAAGAGAUUAUAAAUGUCACUUAACUUCUGAACAGCUGAAGCUGCUUGCUGAAUGGAAAGCAAGAGGUAAGAGCCUUAUGGUUACAGCGAUCAAAAGUAGAUCAUAUUUUGGUAAUGAUAAUUUCUACCCGGUAAUGAUGUGUGCAGCAAAAGACGAAAUAAGACCUGAGGCAAAAGAUGUGAUCAAAGAGUUGAGACGUAGUGGCAUUGAAUGUUGGAUGAUUUCUGGUGAUAAUGAAGUGACUGCUAGAGCAGUCGCACAAGAAUUGGAUAUUGAUAAUGUCAUUGCUGAAGUCUUGCCUGAAGAGAAAGCUGCUAAAGUGAAAUGGAUUCAACAUAAUAAUAUCGGGGCCAAUGGACAUCAUAAGGUAGUUGCCAUGGUUGGUGAUGGUAUCAAUGAUGCACCAGCCCUAGCAGCAGCUGACGUUGGAAUUGCGUUGGCCUCGGGGUCUGAACUUGCCAUGACCUCAUGUGAUUUUGUAUUGUUAUCUCCUAUCAAUACGCUUGUCUCAUUAUUGGCACUUUUGAAAUUAUCUAAAACAGUGUUCAACAGAAUUAAAUUCAACUUCACCUGGGCUCUAGUCUACAAUAUGCUUGCCUUACCUAUUGCAGCAGGAGUAAUUUAUCCCUAUCAUAAUACCAGAUUAUCACCGGUCUGGGCCAGUGCCGCCAUGGCACUAUCCUCAGUAUCUGUGUUACUAAGUAGUCUCGCCUUGAAGUUGUACAAUCCAACUCGCUCGCUCCCAUCUUCUUUCAAAUCAAAGGACAAAGAGAGUAACAGCUAUUUGCACCAAUAUCAACCAAUAAGAGAUUAUAUAAUGUUUUAA